AUGGAUUGUGUAACUACGUUAAAAAUUCUUGUAAUCGGAGAAAGUGGUGUAGGAAAAUCGAGUAUUAUUUUGGCAUUUACUACGGGAGACUACAAUGCAUCAUUUCCGGCGACUAUAGGAGUCGAUUACAAGUGCAAAGUUAUGGAAGUUAAUGGACUUAAGGUCAAACUGGGUAUAUGGGACACAGCAGGACAGGAAAGAUAUAGGACAUUGACUAACAGUUUUUACAGAGAUGCUCAUGGAGCGAUACUGGUAUAUGAUGUGUCAGAACCAAAGUCUUUAGCAAAACUCAAUGAAUGGGUGGAAGAGCUACAAGUUUAUUCAACUAAAAAGAACAUUGUAUGUCUGGUUGUUGGAAACAAAAUAGACAAGGACAGAGUGGUAACACGCCAAGCAGGCCAGGCGUUCGCACAAAAACAUAGAAUGCUUUUUAUUGAGAGUAGUGCUAAAACCCAAGAAGGAAUCAAUCUGGCAUUUGAAGAGUUGGUACAAAAGAUCAUUGAAACACCUGGUCUAUGGGAAUCAACGGGUUCAUCAUCAAAUAUUCGCAUUACAAAUGAAGAAAGGAGACAACAGGAGCAAUCUUCCUGUUAUGAUUACACUUGCUCGAUUUAA